UUCGUGUUUUUAGUUCACAUUCGAAUACCGUCAGAAGCGGGAGUUACAUUAAAGUUUCUGCCAAAAUAUAUGAAAAGCACACGAAACAUCGUAUUUACUAAUCACAAUCAAGUUUUUUUUUUAGUUUUUUUUUCGUGAUACAGAGAAUCAUUUGCGAAAGCAGUAAUAGCAUAUUUUUUGUUUCUCGACUUUAGCAGCGCAUCAAUAUUCGUUUUCAUCAUCUUUUGUAUUUCCACCGUCGUGGUCAACGGACACCAGUUAAAAUAAAAAUUAUAGACUUAUUUGGCUACAAUAACAGCAACGAAAAAAAAAACCGAAAGAAAAAAAAUCAAAACAGAUUCAGACAAAGAAACAAACAGCGCGAAAAGAAAAUGAAACAAAUGAAAACAAUAUCAAAACUGUUGGUGAUGCACAGCAAAUAAAGAGACUGACGAGUAAAAUUCAUACAAAUUUUUACGGAUAGCCCACACUGAGGGACUUUGGUAUUUCAACAAAAGUAUUGCUGAAUUUGCAAUCGUUAUUUGCAAACAAUCCAACAAAAGGUGAAUACACAGAGAGACACAAAACCAGAACGAAAGAGACAAAAGAAAAACGCACGAGAUAUAGUAUAAUGAGAGAAAGUAUCUAUUUUAUAUGGAGUAUAGUUGGCAUUAAAAACUUGAAAUCUUAAGUGUAAAUCAUUGCUGUCAUCGUUUCAAUUUAAUGCGAUCGUGAAAAUUUAAUCGAAAUUAUCAGCAAAAGAAGAAAAAAAAAACAAUAAAGAAACUGAUCGAACCGAUUUCAGUAUCGCAUUCUAUUGUUCAAACAAUUUCGCUUUUUUGUCGAUUAAUUGCAGAACUUAUAUGUUACAGUACAAAAGUGUAUCAAGUUAAAUCGCACAUCCUGUUGCAGCUGUGCCCGUUCAAAAGAAAAUAGUAAAUGUGCAAGCAACCUCUCUCAAUACACUUGAGCAAUUGUUAAUUUUUGUUUACAUAGAUAGAGAGUAUAUAAUAUAUAGUGUAACAAACGGUGCUACAGGUAAUGAAAAUUACUGCACGCGCGUUGGUGACAAAUAGAUAAAACCAAAAAAAAAAGAGUAAGAGAAAAAAAAAUACAGACAAACACAAAACAACUAGCAACUGACAAGAUCAACGACAUGUGCUGAUAAACAAUAAACAUAUUAAAAAACAUUAUCUAUAUUCGUGGGCGUUUCGCAAAAUAUAUUGUGCGUGUUCUCAAAAGAUUGAAAUCAUUUGGUUGAACCAUUUUCAGCAUCUGCUCGAUUAAAAAAAAAACGACAGCAAAAGAAUAAAAGAUUAAGCAAUAUAAUUAUUAUAUGGCCGCAUUAUAUUUCUAUAUAAAUCAUAUUUGAGAAGUACAUUUUUUUUAUUUCGGUAAUUUUUUAUUGUGUUUGUGUGCGCAAUUUGAAAAUACGCAAAAUCAGAGAGACAUUUUAAUUGAUAAUAGCGUAUGUGAUGUAUUUUUAAAACUAAGUUAAACAUUUAUUACAAAACUAUCCGGUUAUUAUCCAAAAAGUUAAAAAAAAAAACAAAUAUUUGAAAGAGAAUACGCUGAUGAGAGAAGCCAACAAGUCAUUAGAAAGACAAAAACAGAAUUUGAUAAAGUUUUAUAAGUGAUUCUGGCAUUUUCCAAGGAAUAAACGCAAAAAGACGAUAACAAAUUUUGAAGAUAAAAAAAACACACCAUCGCAACGCAACAUAAACUUCGAAACAUCUAUCCAACCAGAACGCUAACGAAAAGACUUCAAACUGGACUAUAACAUCAAUAUGGAUCGCCUAUAUGAAGACAUGGAAACCAAUUUUUGGGAAUCAGAGUUUGAUCCGGCAAUACAGGAGGCUUUGAAUAUCUCAACUGAUGAUGCGGAGAUGGAUUGGCCGAUUUUUGAUCGUGAAUCAAUCAAAACCAAUCAUGUCAUUUAUCAAGAUAAACUAAUAUCUGAUGCAUUAUUUGGUUGUCAACCAAUUAAAACUGAGCAUUCAUACAGCCUCAAUUCGGAUGGCGAUUCAAUUCCAGAUUCCCCGCGUAGUCUCCAGAAUAAGAUCGAUGAAAUGGAUGACGAUUAUGAAAUUACAAUAAAUUCAAAUAUACUAUCGACCAAAACGUCUGCAAUAAAACACAUAAACAACAACGACAUCAAUCUUGUCAAUCACAAUACGGUGAAUUCAACUUUGAAAGGUAUUAAGAACGCAUUAAUUUUGCCGUCGAGCAGCAAUCAACAAGGCAACGAUGCAAACUUCAUCUUAUCAACCAGCAGCAGUAACAUGAUUAAUUUUAACACUGACACCAAUAGCAGUGAAGAGCUUCAAGCACGAUUGGCAUUUACCUCACCAAAACUGAUAAACAAUCGCGGUGGAAUUGGAAAUGCGAUCGCAAUUGAUUGUUUUGAAACUGAUACAGUUGACGAUUCAAUGAUUAAAGAGGAACCAUUAUCGCCCGAUUCAAGUUGCCCACCCAGUCCAAAUGCAUCAACUUCUUCGAGCGCAAGCAUUCUUGUCACACAAUCAACACCACAAAAUGUUGUGACAUCACAAUUUGGCACGAUUAACGUAAAUUUGGCCAAUGUUGCAACAUACACGAAUGCCGAUCUUGUAUUCGAACAUAAUAAGAAUGGUUCGUUGCAAUUGUCGCCAGCCUCACACAGUCUAUUGAAAAACCAGCAAAUCAUCUUAAAUGGCACCCAACAACGGAUUGUUGUACCAAAAAUUAACAUUCGAAUGGAUGGCCAACAAACACAAGGAUUUGGUUUGCCGCCAACACCGCCAUCAUCACUUUCGAGUGAUGACUCGGAAGAUAAUCAAAGUGCUGAAAUACACACAAUACCUUCAUCACCAGCCUCAAGUCUAUCCUCAUAUUCUCCGAACAGUUCACAGGCACAAGCGUCGCAACAACAAACCGUUACAUCGAAAAAUAUUAGUCAAUCCGGUAACGGUGGAUCACCAAACAGUUCACGUGCUUAUAGCACAUCUAGCUCACGUCAACCAAUUCAUACACCGCUAAUCAGCAACCAACCGAAAGGGUCAACGGGCCAACUUGAAUUAACCGAAGAAGAGAAGCGAACAUUAAUCGCCGAAGGUUAUCCCAUUCCGACCAGAUUACCAUUAACAAAAUCUGAAGAGAAAUCGCUCAAGAAAAUCCGAAGGAAAAUUAAAAAUAAGAUUUCAGCACAGGAAAGCCGACGAAAGAAAAAAGAGUAUAUGGAUAAAUUGGAGCGUCAGGUGGAGCUUCUUGUUUCGGAAAAGGAUAACUAUUUGAAACGCAUCGAAACGCUCGAAGAAACCAAUUCAAAUCUCAUGAAUCAAUUGUCCAAAUUGCAAGCGAUGAUCAAUCGUCAAACAUCAAAUGCAAAACGAACAUAAACCACCAAUACCAAUAAAUCGACACAAUAAAGAUACAUUGAUUCAAUAUUCAGGUGAAAAGUCUCUAGCGACUUAAUAAUCACAGUGCUAGAUAAAAUUAAUUAGAAAACUUAAGGUCAUCCAAUCGAAAAUGCGCCGAUUUGAAUUAAUUACAAACGAAAGACAGAAAGAUAGAGAGAGAGAGAGAGAGAGAAAACACUUACUAAAAAGCGUCCAUCAUACAAAAUAUCGUUAUUUAAAUAUAAGAAGCCUUUUUAUUGCAAUUUUGAGUCAAUUUCGACCAUCGAAUAUAUACUAUAUUAUAUUGUUGAUCAUAAAAUUUUUUUAUUAGAAAAAUCGAAAAAAAAAAGAAAACAAAAUUUAACUACUUCUUUUUUU